UUCACUUUUUCUCCUCUCUCUCGAUCGAGCUCUCUCCAGAAAGAGAAACCCUAAAACCUCCAUGCGAACGAGCUGAUGAUGGCGAGGGAGAAGGCGGAGUUAUUCUCCGACGGCGAUCGGAGCUCCUUCAGCUUCCUCGAUCUUCUCGGAAUGCGGGAUUUCAUCCCGUCGUCGUUGCUGGAGCACCCGCCAGAGUCCACUAUCAGCUCCACCUCCGUCGAAGCCGAUCCACCCAAGCUUAACAAAUCGAGAUCGGAGAAGAAGGGGCAAAAGCGUAAAAAAGGGCCGAGGUUCGCGUUCAGGACGAAGAGCGAGAUCGAUCAUUUGGAGGACGGGUACAGGUGGCGCAAGUACGGUCAAAAGGCCGUGAAGAAUAGCCCAUACCCAAGGAGCUACUACCGGUGCACGUGCGUCACGUGCGGGGUGAAGAAGCGGGUGGAGAGAUCGUGUGAGGAUCCCAGCGUCGUCGUGACGACGUACGAGGGUCAGCACACGCACCCUUGCCCCGUUGCGCCACGUGGCGUCAUGCCAGAGGUCGCCGGGCUUUCUUUCGCUCCGCCGCCGGUGCAACUUAACACCUUUAUUGGCGGGUAUUCGUACCUCCCACUCGAUGCCCGCCACGUGUACGGUUUGCCGUCAUCGUCCACCUCUUCACCGGCGUAUCCGACGGCUGAUAAUGCCCCGUUCUUGUACUAAAGGUUGGCAAAGGUAUGAUUUUUACUAGUUUUACUUUUUUUAUAUCUUAUAAUUCUCAGAUGAUCUUGCAUCUCUUGUAAUUAAAAAUCAAGCAUAUAUAUAUAUAUAUAUGUAUGCUCAGUAUUAUUCUUUUUGUUGCUUGAUUUGUGAAAAGAAAAAAACCAGAAAGAUGAAUUCUUGGAUUGACUGGUGUAACUGAUUCUGUUUUGUAUGUAAAGAGUUUAAGAGGUUUGAAUAACAAGCUCUUGUCUUUAUUGAA